UCCACAAAAACUCUUGUUUUUCGCAUAUUGAUGAUUUGAUGUCGGAUUGAAAUUGUGCAGCCAAGCCAAGCAGAUGGUGGCCCAAUCACUUUACUGUUGAAAUUCUCUGUAAGAAGUUUCUUACAAAGCUCUAUUGGGGAUGAUCAUUGUAAAGCCUGCAAAAUCAAGACCGUUGAACGUGCACAAAAUUCCAUAUCUUUUCCCUCUUCUUCCUCUGCUUUCCCUUUUCAUUUCCUUCCUCAAAACCUUCCAACAAUGGAGCCACUCUUCAACUGAAACAACACCCACGAUCGGUUUUCCCCCUGUUUCUGCCUUAUGGGUCGUCCUCUUUCUUCUUUUUUCCCUUCCUUAUGGAUCAGACUCUUCUUCUUCUGCUUCUGCUUCUUCAUAUCUUUCAUUUGUCUUUUCGUUACUGCUGACGAUCCCGACAGAUUAACUCCAAUCAACCGCGAUCUUUAUCAUUCUAGUGUUGAUUUGAUGAAGGAGAUAAAAGCUUUGGUCCAUCGACACCCAGAUAAGCUGACUAUAGAGACAAUGAAGUCUAGAAAUAAGGGCUAUGUUGCAGAGAUUCCAGUUGUUACUUAUUGCCAUGGAAGGAAUAACAUUGAUGACACGUCAAAAUUUCGGAUACUUCUUAGUUUUGGACAGCAUGGAAGGGAGCUCAUAACGACAGAAGUUGCACUAAGAAUUCUCUCAAUCUUGAGUGAAGAACAGUUGUUACCUCAUAUGGAUCGAGCUUCCUUAAACAACACACUUGAUAAGCUUGUCAUUAAGGUGGUGCCAAUGGAAAACUUAAAUGGGCGCAGGCUUGUUGAGGGUGGGGAUCUAUGUGAAAGAAGAAAUGGGAGAGGUGUUGAUUUGAACAGGAAUUGGAGUGUUGAUUGGGGUAAAAAGGAAAAGGAUUAUGAUCCUUAUGAGGAAAAUCCUGGAUUUGCACCUUUUAGCGAACCUGAAACUCAAAUUAUGCGAAACCUUGCCUUAACAUUUGAUCCACAUAUGUGGGUCAAUGUGCACUCUGGAAUGGAGGCUUUGUUCAUGCCGUAUGACCAUAAAAACACGACUCCUGAGGGCGAAAUUGCUCAACAAAUGAAACUUCUGGUUGAAGAGCUGAACAAUCUCCAUUGCCACCACCGCUGUAUGAUUGGAUCAGGCGGAGGUUCUGUCGGGUAUCUGGCACAUGGGACAGCCACAGAUUUCAUGUUUGACAAGGCAGGAGUUCCUAUGGCUUUCACAUUUGAGAUAUAUGGAGAUGAAGCUGCCUCAUCAAAAGACUGCUUUAGAAUGUUCAAUCCCACAGAUCCCGCUACCUUUAAUAGGGUUCUUGGCGAUUGGUCUGCUGCAUUUUUUACAAUAUUUAAGCUGGGUCCCGAGUACCUUGGUGAGACCAAGCUCCAUUCAAAGGGAAACUUAGACAAGUUGGUGUCGAUUGAUGAAUAUCUUGAAGGUUACUUGAUUGAGAGGAGCAGCAGAUAUGGGAAGAAGAGGGAGGUGAUUGACCUAGGGAUGCAAGAAAUGAGAACUUAUUUUAGGCUAUUUUUGUUGUCAUCAGUUUUAUUGAUGUUCAUGUUUUGUUCUAGAAUUUCUAAAAACAAGUUCACUAGACCACUUGUUUCUGCCAUUUCCCUUUGAAGAUGUGCUUAGUUUCUGGAUUCCACAUGUUUAUUGCCAUAUUUCAUUAUAAAAGAGUUAUAGAUGAUCUCAUAUUUGUCA